AUGUCGAAGCAAUUUACUGUCAAAGAUGUGCAGGAGCACAACACACCAGAUAAGGGUCUAUAUAUCAUAAUCGACAACGGCGUUUACGAGAUGGGGGGCUUCGUAGACGAGCACCCUGGUGGUGCCAAGAUCCUCAAGCGAGUCGGUGGCAAAGAUGCAAGCAAGCAAUUCUGGAAGGCCGUACUCAAGAAGUACCAACCGAGACUAAAGAUUGGCGAGAUCAAGGAGUCCGCCAAGUUAUGA